AUGGCUAUACUGAUUUUGCCAAUAACCAUGACACUAUCCUUGAGAGGUAGCAUUCCAAGAUCAGAAAAUGCAAAAGAAUUCCUUGAUGCCAUUGAUAUGAAAUUCAAAGAAAAUGAGAAAGAAGAGAAAAGUACCUUGUUGAACAAAUUAACUGAGAUGAAGUAUGAUGGGCGAGAUUGUGUGAGAGCUCACAUAAUGAACAUGGCAGACAUUGCACACAAACUGAAGGAACUAAACAUGACUAUAGAUGAGGACAAGAUGAAGGAAAGUUGGACUUUGGAUGAUCUUAUAACCAUUAGUGUUCAAGAAGAGCACAACAUCAUAAUGGAGAGAGGUCAAAAAGCUAUGAACAUGAAAGUUUGGACACAUGAAAAGGGAAUGCAAGAGGGGUUCAUAACCAAGAGGCAACCAAACAAGGAUGAGGGGUUCAUAACCAAGAGGCAGCCAAACAAGGAUGAGGUAAAGGUAUUCGUGGGCAAUGGAGUCAAAGUACAAGUGGAGUUCAUUGGAGCAGUUAGGAUUCGAUUAGAUUCUGGUUUUGUUUUAGAUUUGGUAGAUGCAGUCUAUGUUUCUUCUAUGACAAGGAACCUUAUCUCAGUUGUUAGGCUUGUUAAAUCAAAACUCACUUUGAGAUUUGAUGAAUUUGUUGACACUUGGUGGUUAGACAGUGGUGCUUCAAUACACAUUGCUAAUUCUUUGCAGGGGUUCAUAACCAAGAGGCAGCCAAACAAGGAUGAGGUAAAGGUAUUCGUGGGCAAUGGAGUCAAAGUACAAGUGGAGUUCAUUGGAGCAGUUAGGAUUCGAUUAGAUUUUGGUUUUGUUUAG